ACAAACGGUUUGACAGCAGUUAGGGUGGAAACUGGGUUAGGUUUGGCAUCAAGCGAAAACGGCAUAAUCUUUGUCCAAUUUUACAAAAAACAUCAAUAUUUAUUCUGGCAUCCCUUACUAUGUUGGCACGUUUGUUUACAGUCUGUUAGUGAGAAUCCACGCUGAAUAUGAAUAUUUAAUUUUUAUUAAAGUUGUUAAAACCAAUUCAGGCAUAUUGAAGUAGUUAUACAAGAUCAACAGAUGGCAAAUAUUAUUAUACAACCAUCCCUAGUUCAGCUACAGGGACACUUCAAAGAAGUAGUAGAGAAUAUUUUCAAUCGGUGGACGGCACUUCGACUCGCAGUAGAACAUGGAAUGGGUGGAUCCUUGGGGGUGAACACUGCUAUCGAGAUCAUAGAUUAUAUUACUUGUUUCUGUACAGAAAACAAAAUCGACUCGCAUGAUUUAAGAGAAGUUCUAGAGGAGAUCAUGGACCAAGAAUUUGAAACUAUCUGUGAAGAUGAGUCUAUUGAUGAAAUUAGCGAAAUUUUGAUCCGAUAUCUAUGUUUAUUGAAAGAGAACAAAAUCGAACAAGUGAAAACGGAAUUAUCUCGAUUGGGACCAUGUGAAAUUUGGAUCAAAUCAGGUAAUCGAAUUCAAGCCCGUACAUUGGAUGAUAGCAGUGGUAGCGAAGACGAAGAAAUGGACUACCAAGAUCAAGAUAUGGAACCCUUAGCAAUGAUUGGAGCACUUGGCUCGAGUUCAACACCAAGUACCCAUGGAUCUACCUCAGACUUUUUAGAAGAGGACACGGAACCUGGUUGGACUCAGGUUCGCAAUAGAAGGCGGAAAUAAUGGCGGAAAGAUAUAGGCUGUAAAUAAAUUGCGUCAAUAAGAAUAA